CUGCACGCCGUGGGUGGUUUCUUGCGGGUUUAUUCGGACAGCUACCGGGUGGAUCGGAAAACGCGCCCAGCCGUCGGUGCGCCUCUAUCUCCGCCUUAACCGCUCGGCAGAUGCCUUGCGAACACGACGUCAGAAUUCUUGCGAGAAACGUUUCGUUCGACUGGGGUAACUCUUCGUUCAGCGGUUUCUUUGGUAUUUCUUCGCGUUGCCUUUCAUUAGGCCUUCUCGUUCACAAAUAUGGCUGGGAAGGAUGAGUUGGAGUACCUCAAGUCGCUCGUCGAGCAGCUCAAUGCCAAGAUUCACGUCCUAGAGGCGAAGGCGAAGGAGCAUCUCAAACCCAAGACGCCAGCACAACAACUCCGUACGAUCCUCAUGGGUCCUCCUGGUGCAGGUAAGGGAACUCAGGCACCUAGGAUUAGAGACGAGUUCUGCGUCUGCCAUCUCGCUACCGGUGACAUGCUGCGGGAACAGGUCACUGCAAAGACCAAGCUUGGCGUAGAGGCGAAGAAGAUUAUGGAUGCCGGAGGUCUGGUCAGCGACGAUAUCAUGGUCGGCAUGAUCAAGGACCAGCUUGAGAAUAACAAGGCUUGCAAGAAUGGAUUUGUUCUUGAUGGAUUCCCCCGCACGGUUCCUCAAGCCGAGAAGCUUGAUUCCAUGUUGGAGAACCGCAAGGAGAAGCUGGACUCUGUUGUUGAGCUCGUCAUUGAUGACCAGCUGCUCAUCUCUCGUAUUACCGGUCGCCUGAUUCAUCCCGGAAGCGGUAGAACGUACCACAGGGAAUUCAGCCCACCGAAGAAACACAUGGUUGAUGAUGUUUCUGGCGAGCCGCUCAUCCAACGUUCUGACGACAACGUCGAGGCUCUCCGCAAGCGUUUGACAGUUUUCCACUCGCAAACGGGACCCGUUGUUGAGUACUACAAAAGGAAAGGUCUCUGGCAUCCAAUCGACGCGGCACAGUCCCCAAGCGUUGUUUGGGAGAACCUGAGGAAGGUUUUCACCAGCGGAAAGCAGUAGAUACGUGACCAUAGAUCUUCUUCUCUGCAUUUGGACAUGCUCUAAUGUAUUGCAUUUACCCAUUGUUCUGGUGUAUUCUUGAGCGUUCGAUAGAUGUAUUGGUCAGCAUGAGAGGCAAUUGAGAUGAUCGAGGUAAGUGCUUUCCUACUGAUGGGUAACUCUUCCAUUGGUUUGGGUCCGGCCAACCGUCUAUUCUCUUGAAACUUCGGGUAAGACGUCUAACGAUAACCUCACAAGGAUUGGCCUCGGACAAUCAUCAUCUAGAUUUCUGAUUUAAUGUCAUGGGGUGCUUUUUCUGCUAUCAACCUCAGGAAUAAGUGCGGAGAAGACCCGACUUCUUAGACAUUCAUCAGUUCUGUGAGUACGUAUCACUGCCUCAUGCAUAUUGUUCCCAGCUUUCUUUCUGGAAAGUAGUUUAUUCGAAGAGCCAACGCGAAUCCAAAGGAAAGACGAUCCGUAACGCGCUGCAUCUUGCGACCCGUAUCCGGGAUAACACGGUCUAUCGUUCCCAAGGGUAUCCACGAUUGACUUUACAGUCCAGACAUUCACUCACUCAAGCAAACUUUGUGUUGCAAAUUAAUACGUUGUAACCAUACCCGACCUCUACUCUGGAUUUGGAUGCUAGCGUAUCGAACACGGAGCAUUUUCAAGGUCCACAUGCGAGGUGCCCCUGUUAUGUCUAACAACACCUCCUGAUCUCUAUUUGUAUUUUCGCCCCGCAAUUCCAUCUAACGGAAUGCUAGAUUCUGUUAUCUAAACCUUCAUGGUGAUGUUCCUCCCGUGGUUCACCGCUCUACAAGCAACACUGUAAGGUGCUUAGCGUGCGUU